UUGCGUUUUUCCGAUAGGAUUGUCGUAGUUAAGAAUUAUCUCGAGUUUUUCAAAGCGGUUCCGUUGGUGUCAGUCUUGCCGCGACUGAGUAAUGAAUUGUCAGGGGAUUGUUUGCCAUGGAGGGAGUUCUCUAUAAAUGGACUAACUACAUCAGCGGUUGGCAGCCCCGCUGGUUUGUGCUUGAUGGAGGAACUCUUUCCUACUAUGACUCUCAAGAAGAUGCGUGGAAAGGAUGCAAGGGAAGCAUUAAAAUCUCUGUGUGUGAAAUACAAGUUCACCCGUCAGAUUUCACAAGGCUUGAUCUGAUCAUUCCAGGAGAACAGUACUUUUAUCUCAGGGCAAUAAAUGCUGCAGAGAGACAGAAAUGGCUUGUGGCGUUAGGGACUGCAAAAGCCUGUCUGACAGACAACCGAACCAAGAGAGAGAAAGAGCUCCAGGAAAACGCAGAGGCCCUGAAAACAAAAAUGUCAGAGCUGAGGCUUUACUGCGACCUUCUCCUCCAGCAAGUGAACAAAAUAAAAGAGAGUCCUCUAGCUGAGACAGCGGGCGAUUCUGAGGAGGUAGCGAAUGAGACCGGGAGUCUUGUGAAGUCCACAUGUACCACCUUCUUGAAGACCCUGGAGGAGUGUAUGCAGAUUGCCAGCCGGACCUUUAAUCCAGACCUCCUGAGUCAGACCCCACCUGGUUCUCCCCCGGUGGCUACCGUCAAACCUCAGAAGAUCAAAAUGAUCCAAAAUGACCCGAAAAAUCAGCACCCAGGAGAAAAACUCAAGGACUCAGUGAGCAUCUCAGGUAGUACAAGAGCACACGAGAGAGGAAAGAGUGGACCAGAAUAUGAAGCACCUCUAUCUCCACAAGACAACAUACCAACACCUCUUACAGAAAUCAGUUUAGUGGAGGAACACCAAGAAGGUGGGAACCCUCAGAAUGGCUCUUCCUCAAGCACACAUGACACUGAAGAGUCUGCAGGGGAGAAAGAGAAGCACAGACCGACAGAAGCAAACCAUGCUGAAGUCUCCCCAAGCACCGGACAAAACAAAGAACAAACGGUCAAUGAGGAAAUCCAGGCUGACCUGGAAGUAAAUGAGCUUCAGGGUGAGAAUAAACAGGAAGAAGAAGAUAAGGUGGACACGUUCUUCAGUACCAUGAGUCACAGAUUUAGUGAUAUAAUACUGGAGGACGGCAGUGGUAUUCCCACUCAAGCAUUUUUGGAUUCUUGCUAUGCUAUAGUACCAGUUUUAGACAAGCUUGGACCAACCGUCUUUGCUCCUGUUAAAAUGGAUUUUGUGGGAAACAUUAAGAAAAUCCAGCAAAAGGUGGUGUCCGAUCCUGACAGCUUCACCACGCUGCAGAGCAUCGUUCUGCAUGAGGUGGAGACAGAGGUGGCACAGGUGCGAAAUUCAGCCACGGAAGCUCUGCUGUGGCUUAAACGUGGACUCAAGUUCCUCAAAGAGUUCCUCUGUGAGAUCAACACUGGGGUGAAGGACGUCCAAGGACCUCUUAAUAAAGCAUAUGGAAAAACACUAAGGCAAUAUCAUGGAUGGGUCAUACGAGGCGUCUUUGCACUGGCUCUACGGGCCGCCCCAUCCUAUGAGGGCUUCAUGGCUGCUCUGGUUUCUCAUGAAGGCGAUGAGCUGAAAGAGGGCUUUACCACGGGCAUGCACAGAGACCUGGGCACCUACCUGCCGGCUAUGGAGAAACAGCUGUCCAUCCUGGAUGCUCUCUAUGAUGAGUACGGCCUGGAAUCAGAUGAGAUCGUCUGACAGACACAGUGAAUAGAGCUUACUGCUCACGGCGCUUAUCAGUGUUUCAGAGUUGUAACUCUCUCGCUUGAUAACCGAGCCCCUUUUGUGAAAGGUUCUGUGGGGCGUGGCUUACUGAAACCGCCCAAUAGAAGUGUGUUGUGAUUAACGUGCCAUUAGCAGGCUCCAACUCAAACACUAAAAGUUUUCCCUGCAAAACUUAAACAGCCGUGUCGAACACAUAAUGCUAUAAUGGGUAUUAUUCCUCAAGCUCUUUUCAGGGAACGGCUUUGUUUUAAAUAACAUCGACAGCUGCGAGUGUUAUUGGCGUUGGUUGUUUGUCUUACAUUCAUAUACUUGUGCAUCAGAGUACAGUUGAAGCUAAAAUCAACAUACGGUGAAUUUUAGUGUAUGGAAGGGAAGUCACAGUGUUACAGUAUUGAUAUGGUCAUUAUCAUUCUCUACCACCUUGAAAUUUUCUCAGCAUUACUUUCAUUUAGAUAUUGGCCUCUCGUUCACCUUACGCUAGCACAAUAGAAGGAAAAAGGUAUUAAGAGUCCUUCAGAGAUUCAGAUGAAGGUGUAUCAUAAACAUCUUGUUACAGUACAGAGUACUGUUUAUAAAGACAUUGUUUACUAUUUAGCUACAAUGGCUGAAAUCCAGGACAUAAUUUAAAGAUUGGUAAGAGGGACCAAAGGAGAGAGUUCUUUGGGGUUUAGUGGGGACAGGUCUCACUACAGUAUAUACAACCUGUAACUGUUCAAGCAGUCAUUUUGAUUUCUGUAAUGCAUUCAGAGUUCUGUAUUAAUCUACAGGAGGAACGAUUUGAUGGUGUUUCCUCGGCGACGUUAUUUAUUGACUUAUUUAUAUGAUUAAGGAUUGUGUCUUUGAUUUUAAAGUAAGAAUCACUCGCUUUGAAAUCAUACGAUACCAAUUUGUGCACGUUGCAUUGCAUGAGUUUAGUUUGUACAUUUCUAAAUUAAUCCAGAUUUAGACUAUUAAUAAUUAACCAUAGAUUAUUAAUCUUUUAGGUUUAAAAUUUAUUCUGAUCCCAUUCCACAGAUUUAAUUUAAUAUUCCUCUGACUGCAGAACCAACAUGGAGAUUUUCAGACCAGGAGGCGGAUUCACGAAACUGUUUCUUAAGACAAAAUAUAAGAUUGUUCUCAUGAUAAAUUAUAGGAAGCUCGUAAAAUUGUUCCUCCUUAAGAAGUUCUCAAAUAGUUUCUUAAGAACGUCUUCAUUUUUUUUCAUAAGAAUAGAUGACAUAUGCUUUGUUAAUCAAUCUUGAGAAAAAAAUAUUAGAACUGUCUUAAGAAGUUUUUUUGGGAAUACGAAACAUUACUAACUUCUUUCUUAAAGUCGCCAUGAAAUUUAAAAUUAUAAUUCAAUUUUUUUUAUGCAGUGGUGAAGUGUUUAUUAUAAUUUUUUAAUCUGUGCACAUCAUUAUUUUUUAAAAUUCAUUUGCCCUUGUAAUCUUUAAUCAAAAACGUUAACCUCCUCCCUCUCUCGAAACGACCUCUCUUCACUUCUGGUCACGAGGAAUGGUGUGAGGGCGGGGCUGCAAUGACCUGAAAUCUUUCACCUUUUCACUGGGGUACGCCACGAUUCGAAAAAAAAGACAAUCGCUACUUCCGUUUCGUGUCGAAAAAAAUGACAAUUUAAGAAACAAUGUGGCUGUUAAGAAGAAUGUUCUUCUUAAAGUCCCCGUGAACCGGAAGUUGUGAUCGUUUUUACUUCCAUAUUUUGACGCACUUCCGAGUGAAAUGGAAUUUCAAAUGAGAAAACAUUGUGGCCGUGGCUUUCGUCUUUCUCUGCGAUUUAAAUGUUAAAUGUUUUUCUCUGGUGUAUAAAAAUAGCCGUUGCAUUUUUAAAUGGAACUGGCAGCAGACUGACAGUUGAAGGGGAGGAGUUAACAGACGCUCCGCCCAAGCUGUCGUUUAAGAUGGAUAGUCACUACAGGACGGAAGUGCAUUUUCAGAUUCUAACUAAAGAUUAUGAGGGCACACAAAUUUUAAAAAGAGAAUGACCCACAUUGAUAAACUAUUUACAAAAAACGCUGUAAUAUUUCAUGAAUAAAUAGGCAUUGUAAUUUUUAAUUUCACUGGGACUUAAACAAUAUUUUGUGAAUCCGGCCCCAGCGGGAUCUUAAAAACUAUAAAUAAUACUAUUUAUAGAAUUCAUUACAUACCCUUUAAAAUACGGAUAUUUGUUGAAAUGAAAUAUCUGAGCUUUUAUCCGUUGUGUCCUUUACAGACCAAUUCAAUCUUUGUUUUAGUUAAACCACAUUAACAUUCAAAACGUUAAAAUACAUUUAAAUGUUAAAAUUCAUUUGAAAAUGUUGAUGUAAUUCUCUAUUCAUUGAGAAGUCUUUGCAUCAAUAUGUUAAGUAAAUAUGUUAAGCAGUAAACCGAGUUCUCAUUGAUGAGUAAUAAAACUAUGUUUGUAUAGAAUGUCUUUUCAUGUAUUUCAGAUCUAUGAAUGACUGAUUUAUUAUAUGAAAGAGUUCUUUUUAUUUACGUCCCUUAGUGUUGUUUAUAAACUAUAUUGACAUUUAUACUGAACUGCAUGUAAUGUUUUUAAUCUCAACAUAUAAAAAUAUGCAAUUCUUACCACAGGCAAUUCAUUUUGUAUUUGAGGUGACCAGUAAAAGGCAUAUCCAUGCAUCCAAGUGGUACUUUGAAAUACAUGUAAUGCUAUAGCGGCUAUGACACUCCUUUAAUAUCUCUGUGUGGUUGCUAGGAAGAACAACACACUUGAUCACUGGAUUCAUUAAGGGGCAGAAAUAGAAAGCUUGUUCUUGCGUGUGCUUUUGCAUAUACUUGAUAAAGACUGAGGAAGAUUACAUUUGAACAUUACUCGGAGAAUGUAUUCUACAUGAAUAAUUUAAUGUAACUAGAUUUACUGCUGUAAUAUAAUAUUUAUUAAAUAGGCCUUAUGACA